UAAAAAAUGUUGUGAAAUUCAUGGUGCUUUUUUCUUUGGCAAUUACAGAGAGACAGUUUCAGACUUUCAGUGCAGCUUCUCUUCUUUCUCUCUCUCAAUUCUAACCUCUCACUCUUUCUCUCUCUAACUUUCUUCUGUCUUUCCAGCUCUGUCAAUGCUUUCUCUCUCCUCUUUUUCCUUCUUAUUCUCUCUCUAGAUUGAGCUUUUUUUUUUUUACCUUUCUCUCUCGUCACUGAUGCACUUGUUGCUUUGAGCUUGUAGCUGAGGAAAAAACGUAAUAGAAUUUGUCUGGUUUGUUGAGAAUCUGCAUUUUUAUCACUUGUUUUUGCUGGUGACAGAUGGGAAGUCGAUGCUACAUUUUAUUCAGAUUUGUGGAUUUGAUUGAUUAACAAAGAGUUCAGCAUUGGAUGAAUGGGUUGGAAGCUACUUAUGAUGAACUGCCCAGGUGUAAGGAUGUGGGCUGAUGUUUCCUUUGUUUUUGUGUUCAUUUUUAUGUUGCAUUUCGCCAACGGGGCCACAAAUCCCACUGAUGUUGCUGCAAUUAACAGCUUAUAUGCUGCGUUGGGUUCUCCGAAACUCCCUGGGUGGGUUGCUGCUGCGGGAGAUCCAUGUGGUGACGCUUGGCAAGGCGUUCUAUGCGAUACUUCAAACAUAAUUUCAAUAAGUCUCGUUGGUGCCGAUUUGGGCGGUGAACUGGGGGACAGCAUAGGAUUAUUUACAUCUAUUCAAUCAAUAGAUCUGAGCAACAACCAUAUUGGUGGAAGUGUUCCUUCAAGUUUACCAGCUUCCUUGGUGACAUUUUUAAUUUCAGAUAAUAAUUUGACUGGAAGCAUCCCGAGCACUAUAUCCACUCUUCCUGCUCUUACUACAUUGAAAGUUAAUGACAACAAUCUUACUGGAGAACUACCAGAUGGCUUUCUAUCUCCUUCAGCUUUGACCAGCAUAGACUUGGCUCACAACGGUUUCAGCGGAGAACUGCCUCCUUCAAUGGAGAGUUUGUCUUCUCUAGUAAGCCUACACUUGCAGGACAAUCAGCUGUCUGGGACACUUGAUGUUCUUCAGGAUCUUCCACUGCAAGACUUGAAUAUAGCGAACAACCAAUUCUCUGGACCUAUACCUGACAAGUUGCUGAGUAUUCCCAGUUUCAAGAGUGAUGGGAAUCUUUUUAACACCUCUGCCGCCCCAGUGUCAGCUCCGCCAGCUCCCUCUACGCCACCUUCACCUUUUUUUCCAGGGGGGCCAACUCAGACACCACCCCGUUCAGGCACAACUUCUCCCAGUUCUGGCACAAUUUCUUCCAAUAGCACUUCUCAAAGUUCUGGCACAGCGUCUUCCAAUUCUAGCACAACUUCUGGUUCUGGACAAAGACCUAGAACUCAUGCAGCUUCACCUUCAACACAUCAAGAUUCAAAUACUGUAAAGAAAACACAAUCCUCGAAAACGAAAAGGAUAGUUGGGAUAUCGAUUGCUUCGGUGAUUGGGUUUAUAAUCUUGGUCUUGGCACUUUUGCUAUGCUUACCAUGGUGUUUUAGCAGAAGUAAAGACUAUUACCGAACUACAAAGAGACACGAAAUCCAACCAUAUAUGGGUCCAAGAGAAUACCCCCCUCUCCAUAAUGGACCAUCACGACAACCUAACAAUCUGGCUGAAAAAGCUCAAAAAGAUGCUGUUGUGGAGAUUAAAGAUGAGUCACGAGCAGGAGUUAGGACAACUGCUGCAAUUGCAAAACAGCAAAGUGAAGGGGAGAUUUAUUCUCAAAGAUCAACAGUCCCUUUAAGGAAGCUUGACAGCGAUAUGAGCUUUAGUGAUAUUGAUUUUAUGAUCAAUCCCCCACCACCACCGCCACCACCACCACCUCUACCUUUUUCUUCUGAGAAAGUCAUUGUGAAGCCCAUCCCGUCAACAGGAUAUGUUAGUGCAAAGCCGUCCACAAGACCUCUUCCCAUGACGUCAGUGAAGUCUUUCACAAUUGCUUCACUUCAGCAGUAUACUAACAGCUUUUCGCAAGAUAAUCUACUAGGAAGUGGCAUGCUUGGAACUGUAUAUCGGGCAGAGCUCCCUAAUGGAAAGCUACUGGCAGUCAAGAAACUUGACAAGGGUAUUUCUAGCCGCCUGAAAGACCACGAGUUUCUUGAGCUUGUAAAUGACAUUGACAGAAUUCGGCAUGUUAAUGUCGUGGAGCUGGUGGGAUAUUGCUCAGAGCACAGCCAGCGCCUCUUGAUUUACGAGUACUGUAGUAAUGGGACUCUGCAGGAGUCACUUCACUCAGAUGAUGAAUACCGGAAGAAGCUCUCUUGGAAUAUGCGGAUACAGAUGACACUCGGAACAGCAAGAGCCUUGGAGUAUCUGCAUGAGGUCUGUGAACCGCCUGUUGUGCACAGAAACUUCAAAUCUGGGAACAUUUUGCUUGAUGAUGAACUGCAAGUGCGGGUCUCUGAUUGUGGCUUGGCAUCUUUGAUAGCAUCCGGUUCUGUCAGCCAGUUGUCAGGGCACCUGCUAUCGGCAUAUGGUUAUGGCGCUCCAGAAUUUGAGUUGGGGAUAUAUACUUCCCAAAGCGAUGUUUACAGCUUUGGAGUGGUUAUGUUAGAACUUUUGACGGGUCGAAUGUCUUAUGACAGGACACGGGUUCGAGGGGAACAAUUUUUGGUGAGGUGGGCAGUUCCUCAGCUGCAUGAUAUUGAUGCUUUACAGAGAAUGGUGGAUCCUUCUCUCAAUAGGAAAUAUCCUACUAAAUCCUUGUCACACUUUGCUGAUAUUAUUUCACGAUGUGUUCAGAGUCAACCCGAGUUUAGGCCGCUAAUGUCUGAAGUCGUGCAAGAUCUUCAACACCUGUUACAAAGAGGUUCUCCCACCAAGAGUCCAUAUGGAGAUUAAGUCUACAUAUGAUGAUAAUGAGAAACUUAGGUUAGAAUGGGAAAUGUGCGAAGUUUUGAUGUCUAAUUGGAGGACAUGGAGAUUUUUAAAAUCAAUUUAUCUGCAGGAAUCCACAGCCAACUGCAACAUUUAUUCGAUGCUGUACAUCCCAUUAGAUAGAUAUCACGAAAACUGCAACUGUACAUCCCAUUAGAUGCUCUAUUUAUUCGAUGCAGUAGACUACUUAUUGUGAGUUGUGACCCCUGCUGCUAUGGUAUGUCUUCUUCAAGUCAAUAAAUUGUCAUAAUUUGAUGAUCAGUAAAUUGGCCACCGGAGAUUCUUUAUGCAGCUCAAUCCAGUGAUCUUAUCAUUUGAGGAAUAACAAGGUAUAAAGUGUAUUAGACCCAGUCCGAUGGUAUGAGUUUGUCCAUAAUGUAUUUUUGUUACCAUAGUUCUGUACGAUACCACGUUCUUGUGCUGCGGAAACGUUUUAUUCAUUUGACUCCAUUCUUUUAGUUUUGAGUGGCAUUUGUUGCAAGUAUAAAUUGGUGUAUCAUCAUUGUUCCCCAUCAGAGUAAUACUUGUGUUAUUUCUAAAAUAAAUGCUUAUCUACAGUGAUUUGUUAUA